GCUGGGAGUCUGCAGGAGCUGGAGCAGGCAGCGCACAGUGCAGCGGCUCCCGCGUUUGUCCGACACUUAGCUAGAGCUGCUCCCCAGGCGGUGGAGGUGAUGAUGGCGGCGGCUGUAGAGAGAGGAGUCGUCCGGGCCGCUCUCCUGAACCCGAGCAGCGGCGGCGGCUGCGGACCAGCGCCGACAAUGCUCCCGGCCGGAGCGUUAGCCGGAGCUGUGCUGCUGGGCUCGGGCUCCGGCAGCAUGCCCGUACCCAUGAACCUCUUCGCGACCUGGGAGAUAGACCGAUCAUCCCCGAGCUGCGUCCCGAGGCUCUGCAGUCUCACACUGAAAAAGCUGGUUGUCCUCAAAGAACUGGAUAAAGAGCUGAACUCCCUGUCUAUAGCUGUCAAAAUCCAGGGCUCAAAGCGUCUCCUCAGAUCAAAUGAGUACAUCCUCCCUCCCAACGGACUGAUGGAGACUGAUCUGGAACUCACAUUCUCACUACAGUAUCCUCAUUUUCUGAAGAGGGACGCCAACAGACUGCAGAUCAUGCUGCAGAGAAGGAAACGCUACAAGAAUCGAACCAUCCUGGGCUACAAAACUUUGGCUGUGGGAGUCAUCAAUAUGGCUGAGGUGAUGCAACACCCGACAGACGGAGGUCAAAUUCUGGGUCUCCAUAGCAACGUGAAGGAGGCGCCUGUGCGCGUGGCAGAGAUCAGCGUGUACUCUCUGUCCAGCCAGCCCAUCGACCACGAGGACGGAAGCGUCCAAGCUGGCCGCAAGACUAAAACCUCAGACCGCUCCCCAGACAUGGAUAAUUAUUCUGAGGAGGAUGAUGACAGCUACUCUUCAGAACAAGAAGCCAGUGAUGACGCAGCUCACGGCCAGGAUCUUUAUGACGAAGAUGACGAGGUCAGGAAGCCCAAGAAAGCCCGGAGGAAAAUGAUCCGGACCACCUCCAUGACCAGGCAGCCCAACUUCAAGCAGAAGUUUGUGGCCUUGCUCAAGAGGUUCAAGGUGACAGAUGAGGUCCUGGACUCUGACCCUGUAGACCAGACCCAGGAGGUGGAGGAGGAUCUGGACUUACUCUACGACAGUCUUGAAGUGUACAACCAGAGCGACAGCGGGCCAGAGAUGGAGGAUAACGAGAGCGUCCUUAGCACACCUAAACCUAAACUCAAGCCGUUUUUUGAAGGGAUGUCCCACUCCAGCUCUCAGACAGAAAUUGGAAGCAUACACAGCCAGAAAAGUCAGCAGAGAGAGCUGUCAUGUCCUAGUGGAGACUUUCUGACUGUGGACAGAUGUAAAGUACAAGGAGCUCGGUAUCAAGACGACAGCCCCACAGAUACGACUGUUGUGGAGCCAGAGGCUGAAGACAAUGGGCUGGUUCCAGGGCCAGGCCCAGGGCCAGGGCAAGGGCCAGGGGAGGUGAGCAGCUGGGAUGUCAACACUGAGCGAAUGACCACUGUUGGCAAGCUCUGCAAGACAGAGUCGCAAAACCACAUGUCUCCCAGUAAAGUUGAGAACAAGCUGCAGAGGCGUCCUCGCAGCACCUCCAUGAAAGACAGACAGAACUCCAAGGCCCAGAGCGACAGAACCAGCAGCAUGGAGAGCGAGUACUCCCCAGAAUCACGGCUCAUAGCGCAGGUUCCCAGGAAGUCUGUUUACGACCAACUGAACCAGAUCCUCAUUUCUGACGAGCGCCUCCCAGAGAGCAUCAUCCUCAUCAACACCAUGGAGUGGCAAGGACAGUAUGUAGCCGAGUUGCUCCAUGAACAGGCCCAGCCCAUUGUGUCCACCUGCUCUGCUGCCGAUGUUCAGGCUGCCUUCAACACCAUCGUUACUCGCAUCCAGAGAUUCUGUAACUGCAAUGCACAGACCCCGUCAACGAUGAAGGUGGCAGUGGCCGGCGACCAGUGUUACCUCAGCACCAUCCUGAGGUUCUUCGUGGAGCAGCUGGCCAACAAGACACCUGACUGGCUCAGUUACAUACGCUUCCUGGUGAUCCCCAUAGGUUCUCAUCCCCUGGCAAAGUAUGUGGCCUCCUUUGACAGCAAGUUCAACACCAUCUUCAUGGACACUGCAUGGAGGGAGCUGUUCUGCAGGACAGAUCGGCCCGCUUCAGAUAACAUAGAUGUAGCAGGACGAGUGGUUCAGUAUCUGGCCGGUGCCAACGUGUCCCACCAGUUCCCCAUCUCGGAAGCCAUGCUCACCUACAAACAGAAGAGGAAAAGGAGUUUGUAUUUUGAUUUUUACAUCAGCCCUGAUGAGGACUCCUGUCAGAAAUUUGUGCCAUUUAUCGGGGUUGUGAAAGUUGGAAUUGUGGAGCAAAGCCUCUCAACCUCAGUGGACUCAGAUGAUGCGAUGGGAGGCAACACAAGCAUCCUGUCCUCCCCGACUCCCCCAUCGGCUGGUCUGUAUGGGAAGGAGAUUGGGGGCACCCCCCCGCAGUCCCCCUCUGUGUCCACCGCCCUCUCUGGAGCUGGUUCUCCAUGUUCGGGCAACGAGGUCAUGGGUCUUCAGGUGGACUACUGGACGGUGCACGGCCCAGAGAAGAAGAAGGAGGGAGAGAAGAGAGACGUGGGACUGAAGAACACCCUGAAGAGUAAUUUCCGUUCACUGCAAGUCAGCCGCCUCCCAUGUGGAGGGGAGCUCACCCCCCCGCCCAGCAUGGCCAUGACUGUUGUUACCAGGGAGAAGAACAAGAAAGUGAUUUUUCUCAGCAAGAAGCCCAAGGAGAAAGAGCUGGACUCUAAGAGCCAAGUGAUCGAUGGCAUCAGCAGGUUGAUCUGCACAGCCAAGCACCAGCACACGAUGCUGAGAGUCACUAUUGACGGCGUGGAGUGGAAUGAUGUGAAGUUUUUCCAGCUUGCCGCCCAGUGGCCGACACAUGUCAAGCACUUCCCUGUUGGAAUCUUCGGUUACACUAAGCCCGUGUGACCCAGGCCACCGUCACUGCAGCCUCACCCACUACCAGACUCCCCGCCGCACUUGUCUCACCGAGAGGUUUAGAGGAAAAGCCAACCGGCCCCUGGCAGUAAUAGUUUUCCUGUGGAAAUCUUACUGACUCACAACCUUGUUCAAUACACAAACUUCAUGUUGUCAAUUUGAUGUUUUGAUGUUGUUGGGUGUUGUUGUUUUGUUUUGUUUUCUACACACUACAGAAAGAACAAGUACUAUUUUGUAAGAAUUGUGCUACCGCCUCGGAGGUAUUUCGAGGCUUUUUGACAAUUUGCCACAUUUCGAUAAUGGCAGCUGUGUUUGCACUUUGUUUUUGUUAACAUUUUAUUAUUUCUGUGAAAUCCUACAUUUAUUGUUACUCUAUAGACAAUGGAGGAGUGUGGUGGUGACGUGCAGUGGCGUGCGUGAGGUUGUUUGAGACCGUGUUUGUGUUUGUUGUUGAAAGUUGGAAUAUUGCUGUGAAUCUAGAUGGAAUCCUUCUCUUCGAACUCAGUGCUCCGUCUUCUUACUCGUCCCUUUACGUUCUCCAAAAAGGUCAACUUUCAUAAAAAGGAACAAUGCGUUGUUUUUGCCUCGUUGCUUUCAAGCACACUGUGCAAAUCAAAAAAAAAAAAAAAGGACAACAACUGGAGCUGUGUAUUUUUUAAGGUAGCUACGAUGAAUGUAGCUAUGACACAUUUGUAACAUGUAAGCCGUUCAUCCAAUGACUUCAUUCAUGUAAGUACUGGAGAUUUUGUGUGGAUGUUAUUGUACAGCAACAGACAGAAGCAGGGUAACGUGACACAGAAACAACCCAUUUCAGCUGAAUGCCAAAUUUAGCUGCGUCUCCAUGAGCUGUCGUACAAGUUUUGUUUUCCGCUCAGGUGUAAUCAGGCCUUUUUGGAGUAAAUUCAGGUUGUAACAGCUUUUCUUUGGCAAACACGGCCGCCCCCAUAUUCAGCUGACCCUGAUAUCAUCUCACAGACCUGCAGUAACACAACAAAUAACUGGAUCACUCCUGAUGUGCCAAAGUGGCGUUUGUUUCACAGUGUAACCACCAGAGCUCUUGCCUUGGCCAAAUAGUUUGUAAGAAUUAAAACUAAUAGAUAACAUAUGUGUGGUCCCUGUGGAGAUCAGUAUUUAGAUUACUGAGUUUGAAAAAAAAAAAAAAUCGAAGACAUAAAUUUACAGAUUAGUUUCCCACUUUUUUGGCCAAAUGUAGACGUGCACAUCCGAACCCACCGUUAUGACCUUUCACACGGCUUCGUCACGCAGGCAGCGCCCGACCUCAACCUGCUCAUUCAGUAGAUCUUUGUUCUGGGUCGGUUUCUAAUAGGAAUGAGCUGCUCUGAUUUGAAAUGUGCUUGACAGUAGAGUUAAGCAAAAUGCGAGUAACGUACUGCUUUUAAAACAUGAUGAAACGUGUGUGGAGUCUUGCCAGAAGUCACUGCCUGUGUGUGUGUCUGUAUGUCUGUGUGUAGCUGUGCUAUGUGUUCGAUGGUACUCCCUGAACAGUGUUGCGUGGAAUAUUUUUGCAAGAGGAUGAGUUUGCUUCUUUCUUCUUUUUUUUUUUUUUUAUAAAGUGAAGAUUUAUGAGCUUUGACAGGCUGGGCUUUUUGUUAGCAUUGUAUAUAAAUAUAUACAAGAUGUACUAUUGUGAACCGCAACGCCCCCCUCCCCCCCCCUUCCACUAAAUUGAAAGCACAAAUAGUGUACUUUUAUUUCUUGACGUAAAUACCAAAUAUAUUUACAGACUAUGAAGUUGACUUGUACAAUGCAAACGCUAUUAGGUUUGUUGUUUCUCAUACAUUUCCCUCACUUUGUGAUGCACUUUCAUGUGGUUUUAUACCUUCGCUCCAAUCGGGACAUGCUUUGGUUUGAGGUAAAGUUUUCGAGGCGUUUAUGAAAUGUAAACCACUGCCUGUAGUCAAGAGAAGGCCUUUUUUUUUUGAUUAAGUUGAAAAUAACCCUUGUUCUCAUGAGGAUGUUGUGUUUAUGUUGACUGGUGUACAGCGCCCCCUGGGGCCUAAGAACCGUCAUGGUUGUCUGUUACUUCAAUGUUUUGACACUUGAUGCUCGAGCUUAUUUUGCAGCUGCCACAGAUGUCCCGUCUGCCCGCGACGUUUACACUCAGUUUUCUGGUCUCCUGCCUUUAUUUUGAAGGGUUCGGUCUUCUCUCGGCCACAAGGCUGACGGACCCCCGACAGAUUUUAGAACUCGGGCUGUGAAGUGUUUGCCGGGGCAGAGUUGAUUGAGGGAAUUUGUCAAAGUGAGUUAGCCUCUUAAAUACUAAAUGGGCUAAAUGACAAGUGGAUUUCAAUGUAUUUGACCUCAAGUUUGUUUUUUUCCUUUGCCCUAAAUCUAGAGGUAGCAUGGGGGUGUUUUACAAGACUGGAUCAAUGAGCAGGCAUGUCGACUUUCACUGGUUUAGCAACUGACUAAACAUCUGUGUUCACGUUCAUUGGUGGUGGAGCAACGUGCCAUCUCAUUGCUCCUGUUCCUUUUGAAAUGCCGCCCAGUGUCUUUGCACAAACCCUAUUUUAAAUGACAUGACAGUAUUUUUAAAUUUACCACUAAAAAUAUGGGUUACUCUGCAUGUUUUACUAUAGAUGUAAAUAUGUUUUGGAUUUUUAUAUCGUUUUGUUUCUUUCCAUGCUCUCACAAGCAGUUGUGUUAAAUAAAAUUUUUAAUCUUC